AUGAAGCUGCUCAUCAUCUUCGGUUUUCUUACCCUUACCGCUUGGGCCUUGCAUCCCCUCUCCCCGCAGGACCAAGGGGACCAAACAGUCAUUACCGUCAACGAAUUAGCUGAAGGCACCAAUGACGACAACUUCUAUGGUACCAACCCCGUGGAUGGAUGCUGGGAGACCCUCGACUGCUCCCUAACCGAAAUCGAAGCCAUGUCUAUGCCCAGCCGGCUCGAAUUUGUCAAGUACAUGAGCACCUGGCGCCUGGAUGUGUUGCAGUCUUCGGAUCAAUUCCACAUCUUUGAAGCGACCAUCGCCUUCUUCAUGAGGAAGGAUAUCGGUACCCCAGGUUCGUGGUUGUCACUUGUGCAUGCUGCGUGUGUCGAGGCGCUGCAGAGGGGCGCGGCCAUGUCUCUGGGCAUUUCAAAUAAUCCCGCUGGGAAUCCUGCGAAACAAACUGCUGUUGACUAUGGCAUUCGCCGCGCUGACUCAUCGCCUUAUAUCGACAAGCCCUCUGCGCGCAUUCUACGCUGGAUGCAAUUCUCGCGCAUAUACAGAACAGUCAUGCAGUACCGCCGUACGAUCUUGUGGCUUAUAAAAAUGGGAUUCUCCACAACCCCCUCCGUGCCCAUUGCCGCGGAAGCUUUUCUAGACUGGGUCACGGACGUUACAGACGCAACCUCUACCAACUUCCUCGCCGAAAUGGCUUGGAGCCUAUCCUCGCUAGGGCUAUCACAGGAUGGAGUUGACCCCGUCGCUGACUCUGAAGUGAUGUUGAAGAUCAUCACAGAGUUUUGGGGUGCAUUUCAAUUGAGGCGCCGAGAUGAAGGUACAGCGGAAGAAUGCAUUUCACUACGGAAAUAG